AUCACAUGACCGAAGAUCACAUGCACGAAUGUUGACAUCAACAAGGUAGCUAUGACUCGGCAGUGUCAGUGCUGCCAAUUCUUUCAGCCUCUAAGUGAAAGUGAAAGUUGUUCCCUUGUUUAAAUCGACGGAGGCAAAAUGGAAUCCAAUGGUCAUUUUGCUCAGCGAGAAAGUGAAGCUGCAGCUGGUCAGUACGACUCAGCGAUGGACAUCACAUCAGACAGCUCACUGCAAGGCCAGGACAAGCCCUGCAAGGCGGAUGCGGCAAGCAAAGAUGAGCACAGGAGAGAUUUGACAGCAUUUGAAGGCAGUUGUGUGGUGGUUCCACAUGCUGAGAAUGAUAUUGAAGCUCACCGAAUCUCAAACAACUAUUUGUUUGGCUUGAAAAAGUGGAAGAGUCACGUAACUUCACGCCCUUUGUCCACAAGAUCUGAAAUAGUCCAGGACCUGUAUGCAGAUAUCAACAAGGUGAAGCCCAUUAAAGUGUCAACUGUCUGCCCAACAAACAUUAUAUAUGCCUGUUUGGUUGGUUGGUGGCUGGCUUUGCUGUACAUCAUCGUCGGUGCACUCAUGUAUCUAACAUACAUCGGCAGAUCUUAUGGAAAAUUCUGUUGGAUGAUGUCAAGGUAUUUCCUCUGGCCAUUUGGAAAGUUUGUACAUCAGAUACAUGAUGUUCCGCUGUACUCUGUAGCAGAAUCCAGUUAUCAUGAUGUGACAUACACACAACACAAUGGAACAGCAAACAUGUCAGAAGAUACUGCUCUUUUGGCAGCAGAUGAUAAUAAAAAAGAAGCUAAUUCUCCACGCAAAUCCCUCUGGGUUCGCCCUCAGACAUACAUCUGGUGUGUAUUGGGCAUACCGCUACUCAUGGCAGUACACUUUGUUGUGUGGUUCAUAUCCUGGCUCUUUGUCAUCUCUAUACCCAUUGCAAAGGUUAACAGUAAGACAAUGAUGAAGAUAUUAUUUCUACCCCCUGAGGAAGUUGAUGUUGAGGACUCCAGUGAGAUGGUUUUGGAUUCCAAGAAGAGUCACAGUGAAAUUAUCAUGUACACACACCAGUCAGUCAACUUGUACUACUACAAGUAUACUCUGGAUGGCGUCAAUGUUAUUCUUGUCAAUCUGUUGAUAUUUGUCUUAUUGUCACUGGUGUUAGGCUACACCGAUACAGAAAAUGAGAUCACCAAUGGUGUCACAAAAUGCAUCCUCGGUGUUCUUGCCAUCGUGCCACUGACCUACUACAUUGGGAUGGCUAUUACAAGUAUCUCUGCCCAGAGCAGUUUUGCAAUUGGUGCCAUUUUGAAUGCAACAUUUGGCUCUAUGGUAGAGCUCAUCUUGUUUGUGAUAGUUCUGAAGAAAGGCAAAGACACAAAUAAAGAGUGCUUUCAAGAGCUUGUGAAGUCCUCCCUUGCUGGUACCAUCCUCGCAAGCAUUCUCUUCAUUCCUGGAGUGUGUAUGAUAGUAGGAGGAAUCAAAUAUCAGAUGCAGAGAUUCAACCCUCAGUCAGCAAGCGUCAGUGCAGCCUUACUCUUUGUAUCUAUUGCUGGAGUGUUUGCACCAACGGUUUUCUCAAAGCUGUAUGGGGACCUGCAGUGUAAGGACUGUGAGCAGGAAAUCAAAGAAGUUGACAUUGUGAAUGGCUCUGUUCUAAACUCAAACGACACUAAUCUUACAUAUGGUUUCAAGUGCACUUCAUGUACUCAGUCCGUGGUUGGAUUAAAUGGUGAUCUGAGUCUGUACCAGCAGCACAUUGAACCUCUUGUCUAUUCCUGUGCUCUAGUCCUUCCCAUUGCCUACAUUGUGGGGCUUUUCUUCACACUCAAAACUCAUUCUUCACAUGUCUACGGUGCUUUUGAAGAAGAGCUCAAAUCCACCAAUCAUGGAGGUGAAGGAGCCCCCCAGUGGAACAGAAUCAAGAGCACCAUUAUUCUGCUCAUAUGUGCUGUACUGAUUGCACUGUGUUCAGAUCUCAUCACAAACAAUAUACAACCACUUUUAGAGUCAUCAGGGGUAUCAGAGUAUUUUGUUGGAGUGACAAUGUUAGCAGUGGUUCCAGAGUUACCAGAGGUUGUCAAUGGAGUGCAGUUUGCACUGCAGAACAAUGUCAACUUAGGGAUAGAAAUUGGCAGUUCCACAGCAAUUCAAGUGUGUUUGGUACAGGUGCCUGUACUGGUUCUCAUCAAUCUCAUAUAUCCUCUCGGUUUCGUGUUGAUCUUCCAAGAUGUUCACCUGUUCGCUGUGAUAUUUUCAGUGAUUGUCAUAAACUACACAUUCCAAGAUGGUAAAAGUGACUAUUUCCAAGGUUCCAUAGUCGUACUCAUCUACAUUGUGUUGAUGCUGAUGUACUUCUUCACUAUAACACCACCAGAUGCUCAGUGCUGAGCACAACCACCACAGGCAUCAAAGUCUCCGAUUCAAGAUUUACCAAUAUGCCUGGAAGGUCUCCAGAUGAAGCAUUACUGCAUUUUGUUAUGCCAAAAGAAACAGAAAUACAUGACCACCUUGUUGUGUUGUGAUACCACUGUAAUUAAAAAGGCACCAUAUUGUUCUCUUAUAUUGUUCUUCAUGCUGGGCAACCACCAAAAUAAGUUUUGUAUACCAGAAAACAAAUGCAUCUUUUCAAACAACAUCCCUUGAAUGGUAAGAAAGGAACGUGGAGUUUGAUUCAACAGAACUUGAGAAACUGAUGUAUUGACCCAAAUAUUUGUAUAUUCAUUUAGUUAUGUGUAAAUAAAUUUUCAUUUAAUGAUGUAUAAACAUGAUUCAUAAAGCAUUUUCAUGGCAAAUGUGUAUCUGUAUUCAUGCUUUAUAAUUUUUAUUGUAUUCAAGAUAUUUACAAUUAUUUCCAAUCAGAUUAUCAAUAAACUAUAGAAAAGUCUUGA